UGCCGAACCUAGAGGUUCGGAUUUCGUUUCUGAAACCUAAAUCUGCCGCUGGAGCACAGGAUGAGUCUUUUCCGCCAUAGCCAGGGCCUGCAUCUCGAAGGGAGAACCCACCCCCGCGUCCCCAGCCACCAUGAAGUUCUCUCCGCGUGUGAGCAGCUCUAGGUGCAAGUCGCGGAAAGCACAUUUCAGUGCUCCUUCCAGCGAACGCCGCAUUCUUAUGAGUGCCCCUCUUUCAGCAGACCUGAAGAACAAGUACAAUGUUCGAUCUGUUCCCGUAAGGAAGGAUGACGAGGUCAUGGUUGUACGAGGCACAUUCAAGGGCCGGGAAGGAAAGGUUGUCCAAGUAUACAGGCGGAAGUGGGUGAUCCAUGUGGAGCGCAUUACCCGUGAGAAGGUCAAUGGUGCAACCGUGAAUGUUGGCAUUGAUACAUCGAAGGUGGUGAUCACAAAGCUCAAGCUGGACAAGGAUCGCAAAGCUCUUCUUGAGAGGAAGGGUAAGGGUCGUGCUGCUGAGAAAGGCAAGGGAAAGUUCACUGAUGCGGAUGUUUCUCCUCCGCUGCAGGAAGUCGAUUAGAUUUUGGUACUCUUAUCUGAAAUGGGUACAUCUUUCUAUGAAUGUAGCUUGCUUGUAAGCGCUUUAAAAAAAUCUUCCAAAUUUCCUGGACCUAGAAGUAAUUGUGAUCCUCAUCAUCACCAUGUAUGAAAAUGUUGAAUCGUUUUGGAGAGUUA